CAAAGACCAGUGUAGCCAGAUCCUUCAUGACCAGAAGAUCAGUGUGGCCAUAUAUCAAGUAGUUCAUCAGUGUUAGUGAUGAAAGAUGAUGGUGAAUGAGCAUUAGGGUGGUGCUGAUAAUGAUAGAUGUGGUGGUGAUAGUGAGGAUAGUACAGUACAGUAGUCUUUUUGGUGAUGAUAUCCUGUAGUUGUUGGAAUAAUGGUGAUGUAUGUAGUGGUGUUUACUACUGAUUGUGGUGAUGGUUGUCGUAAUGGUGGUGAUAGUUUUAGUGGUCGUGGUGGUGAUUAUUUUGGUAAUAUGAAGAUGCCAUAAUAAUGAUAAGCAUCAUACACACAGGAUGGCUGGUUGGUGGUGGAUGUGGCAGCUGAUGGUAGUGGUGGUGUGUGUUGGGGAAGUGGUGAUGGAGGGAAAGGAGAUAGUCGUGUCCAUCACCUCCCCCCACUGUCAACACACCGGGCCAACCCUCGCAUGUGAUGCCAAGGAUGGUCACCAGGUAACACUCUCUCUAAUAAUGGAAGGAAGAAAAUAGACACAAACACCAGGAUUAUUCACCUGGAGGACACUCCUGGCCCUCCUGUGAGGAAGGUGUUCAUCUACAAUGCGGCUGUAAUGCGUCUCUGGUCCAACGUGUGUGUUGACCUUGCAGUUUACCGCGUGGGCCAACUGGUACUCAUGGACCACCAGGUGGACCUUGAUGGAGCAGCUAACACCACCAGGUGUGAGGGUAUGGGGUUGUGGAUGCAUCAGUCCUCCUUGACCAGGCUUCCCCCAUCUGUGGACCAGCUGCAUGCUGAACACUCACAGCUGGAGCAGGUGGUGUUUGAGUCACUGAGUAAGAACAUGUCGCUCAUACAAUCUAAGGUUCACCAGCUGGAGGUGAGUCAGCCCGUGACCCGCCAAACCAUACAACUACAUGACUCCGUCAUAAACAGAGUCACACGGCUACACCUGAGUGAGGGAGGAGAACUAUACCUGCACAACACCACCAUCCAAAACCUGCCUACACAAGCCUUACUAGUGGGGAAUGGCGCCCACCUCUACCUCAGUGGCCAGAGAGAACUAAACAUCCCUCACGCCACCCUCCAUCUCCACCCUGGUAGUGUAGUUAAUGUUACCAAGUACCUGGGCCACGUGAACUUGGUGGUGGACAAAGACCCAGCAAUCAUCACCAGCAAUACCAUGUGCUUACCAUCCUACUACUUCCCGGAAGUUGUUGUUUACAUGCUUGUUGCCAUGGUGGUGUGUCUGCUGCCUGCCAAUGUGUAUGUGUGUAUAUCACUAUGUAGAAGAAAAUUUUGUCAUUCAAAAAUGGACAAAGCAAGUAGGACUGAGGAAACUGUACAAGAGAGCAAAAAACACAUAGAAGAAAAAGAAAACGAAUAUGAGUACAGUCCCCUGUACCAGAGAACAUACCCCAAACAAAAAGAAUGUAAAAAUAAAGAUGACAGUAUGAUUAGCACUACUUUUGACAAAAUAAUUAAUGUGAGUAAAUUUAUCAUUGGAGAUACUAACACGGCUGUUGUUGAAGGUGGAAUCGCCUGCACCCCCAAAGAUGUAGGUAGUAACGUCACCACAGCACAAUAUAUAGAAGCAGAUGGAGAAGGGAGGCCAGGAGCAACACCAACAGUAGUUGAAUGUCAUCACAAGGGACACAAGGCCAAUGAGGACGGUAGUGAAGCUCACUCAGUCAUCAGUGAGGGGGAAACCCCACCCUCUUCCACCAGGCCUUUACCUUCUCUACCCACUCAGCCUCGACCUUCUUCAGCUAAAGAAACGACACCAGCAUCUUCUACAGCCACACCUCAACAAGUUUCACCCAAAAAUACCGGUAUCUUUACAGCACUAACGGAGGCAAUGGUGGCAAGUUAUAAAUACGCUAUAAAUGAAAGUAAUCAAAAUUCCUCUGCUGACGCUAAUCUGAACACCCAUGAAUUGACGACCCAACAUGAUAAAGGAGGAGACAGUGCACCAGUGUACACGGUGGUGGGGGUCCAACCCACCACGUGAGGAAAUUGCAGGUACUAAGAGCGGCGAUGGCGGGGAGGUUCCGAGGCAAGGGAUGAGCGUCGUGUUGACUUCCAUCUUCUUGAUGGCACAGAUGGCUGGGGCGGGCUUUUUGGCCUUGCCCAAGGGUCUUGCUGACGUGGGUUGGCUUGGUAUCCCGAUGAUGUUGUUGUUCUGUGUGUUGGUGGGGUUCGCCGGCACCCGCCUCGGCAAGAGUUGGGUCAUGCUGGAAGAACGCUGGCCUCAAUACCGCCAACCUUCCAGACAACCUUAUAUGGACAUAGCAGAGAAGUCCCUUGGCAAAACUGGACGGCAGAUCACGCUGGUGUCUCUCAUCAUCAACCUGUUCGGCAGCACCACUGUCUUCAUCAUCCUCAUCUCGGAGAUGGUCGCCAGCAUCCUCAUGCACUCCACCCCCGAAGGCCAGUGCGGUCUCACUAAAUGUCAGCUGGUGAUCGUGGUGGGCCUGUGUGUGGUGCCUUUUACCUGGCUUGGUACACCUAAGGACUUCUGGCAGGCGUCACUCCUGGCUGUAGCAGCAACGUCGACGGCUGUGGUGGUCAUUGUGGUACAGAUUCUGACUGACACUGAAAGUCUGCCUGACGAACCACACUACCCUAACCCCACCGUCUCCUCCUUCUCCCUCGGCUUCGGUUCCAUUCUCUUCGCCUUCGGGGGGGCGGCCGUCUUCCCCACUAUUCAGAACGACAUGGCUGAUCGUUCUAAGUUCUGGAAGAGCAUCUCUUGUGGUUUUACAGGCAUCCUCUCUCUGUACCUGCCGGUGGCGUUAUCGGGGUAUAUCAUGUAUGGGGACCAAGUUAAGAGCAACAUCCUACUGACGGUGAACCUGACGGUGGCGGUGGAAGUGGCCAUCGCCCUGCAGAUCAUUAACCUCCUCUGUACUUUCGUCAUCAGCUCUAACCCCGUCUUCCAAUCAGUCGAGGACCUUCUCCAUGUACCUAACAAGUUCGGGUUUGGAAGGAUCUUGGUGCGGACGAUGCUUGUGUUUCUACAAGUGUUGAUCGGUCUGGCUGUCCCAGACUUCGCCCUCAUCCUCAACCUGAUAGGCGGGUCAGUUAUCUCUCUGUGUACCUUCGUCCUCCCGCCGUUGAUGUACAUGAAUCUCGUCGAUGAUAAGUCCGGUCCCUGGCCCCAGAGGACUAUACCGUUGUGGGAGAGGGCGCUGUUGGUGGAGAUCAUCAUCGUGGGAGUUAUAGGGGGGAUCUGCUCCACCGUAUCCUCCUUCUACGCCAUCAUUGUCGCCUCCUUCCACAAGUCCUGCUUUCUCACCUUUAAUGAGUGUGAAGAGUAACCAAAAGAAAUUUACGUCUUAUUCGGAUCAUCAGCAUUUAAGAAUUAUUAUUUUCAUCCGAUAACCCAGUCUUAACGACAAUCCGAUCCAAGCCAGUUAAUGUAUUCAUAUAUGGAGAUUAUAGCUUCUGUUGUGGGCGCUAGUUCUUCUGUUGUCUCUGUUUCCUUCCCACAGAAAAUCCAGCAGGCAGUUGACUAGAGUGGUUAACCCCAUGACAGACCUCGUCAGACCUCCAUUCCAAAAUUGCUUAAAAAAUGCUUCUCCAGUUAACCAAUGGGGCUUUAAGUUCACUCCGACCUAUCAAUGGGUUUUGUUUACCUCCAACGUGCCAAUAGCUUUUCAGUAUCAUACCACCGAACCAAUAGCACUCCACUUUUUUCCCAGUCGACCAAUAGCACUCCACCGUUCUUCCCUGUUGACCAAGAGCAUUCCACCUUCAUCCUAAUAUACCAAUAGCACUCUACCUUCAUUCUAAUCGAUCAGUAGCACUCCACCUUCAUCCCAGUUGACCAAUAGCACUCCACCUUCAUCCCAGUCGACUAAUAGCACUCCACCUUCAUCCCAGUCGACUAAUAGCACUCCACCUUCAUCCCAGUUGACCAAUAGCACUCCACCUUCAUCCCAGUCGACUAAUAGCACUCCACCUUCAUCCCAGUUGACCAAUAGCACUCCACCUUCAUCCCAGUCGACCAGGAGGAGUGUCAUGGUUGGAGGAAAGUGUGACGGGAAGACUCGUGAUUUGAGACGAGAUUAAUGAAAUAAAGUUGACUCGAAACUCUUUGAUGUCAGAUGUUCAAGGGGACCUAAGUCAAAUUUUCUCUCAAUUUAAGGUGUAAAUGCAUAUGUUAUAGACUGACUUAGCAGCACAAAAAUAAUACUCAAAAUGACAUCAAACUAACCUAAACUUACUGUCUCUUCCUAUAGAUUCUAUGCGUUAAAUUUGCCCGGUGUUAAGUGAAUGUAUCUACAGUAAUCAAGGUACGAUUUUCUGGGGCGCA